ACUUCCUGUGACCUUGAGGAAGGGGGAGUUCUGGACUCCAAGGGUUACGGCUCCGCCCAUCCGCGGAGUGGGGAGGAGCAGGAACUCGGGCUCCUCUUUCGAAAGCGCCGGGCUAUGGGCCCGCUGCCCGGGGAGGGCCAGGAUGGGCUCUGGAGGACCCCCGCUGCCCCCGGGACCCGACGCUUCACCACUGUCCACCCACGCGUGAAGCGGCGGGCAGUGUGAUGGCAGAGAAGGCACCUGGGGGCAUCAGCCCCCUGCAGCAGAUGGUGGCGUCGGGCACAGGGGCCCUCGUUACCUCCAUUUUCAUGACCCCGCUGGAUGUGGUGAAGGUCCGACUGCAGUCCCAGCGCCCUUCUCCCACCAGUGGGCUGGCGCAGUCCCAGGGAUCCUGGAGCAUCCCCUAUACUAAAUGGAAGUGUAUGCUCUACUGCAAUGGCAUUCUCGAGCCCCUGUAUCUAUGUCAGAAUGGUUCUCGUUGUACCGUCUGGUACCAGCAUCCCACCUACUUCACAGGCACCAUGGAUGCCUUUGUGAAGAUUACUCGGCACGAGGGUGCUAGGACUCUGUGGAGUGGCCUCCCUGCAACUUUGGUGAUGACAGUGCCUGCCACCGCCAUUUAUUUUACCACCUAUGACCAGCUCAAGGGUUUCUUAUGUAGCCGAGCUGUGACUUCUGACCUCUAUGCACCCAUGGUGGCAGGAGCUAUGGCCCGACUGGGCACUGUGACUGUGAUCAGCCCCCUGGAGCUGGUGAGAACAAAGCUUCAGGCCCAGCAUCUGUCCUACCGUGAACUUGGGGCCUGUGUCAGGGCAGCCGUGUCCCAGGGUGGCUGGCGCUCUCUGUGGCUUGGCUGGGGUGCCACUGCACUGAGGGAUGUGCCUUUUUCAGCCCUGUACUGGUUUAACUAUGAGUUAGUGAAGACAUGGCUAUGUAAGAUGGCAGCCAAGGACCGGACUUCAGUCAGUAUCAGCUUUGUGGCUGGAGCUUUCUCAGGAACAGUGGCUGCUGUACUCACACUGCCUUUUGACGUGGUGAAAACUCAGCGUCAGAUGGAGUUGGGAAGUGUGGGAGCCUUGAGAGUGACAUCCCCACGUUCCCCUUCCACCUGGCUGCUGCUCCGACGAAUUCAAGCUGAGUCUGGGGCCAGAGGACUCUUUGCAGGCUUCCUCCCACGGAUCAUCAAAGCAGCCCCCUCCUGUGCCAUCAUGAUCAGCACCUACGAAUUUAGCAAAAAUUUUUUCCAGAGACUGAACCUAGAAAAACGCCCUCGGGGUCCCUGAGGGGAGAGUGGGAGAGAGAGAUGGAAGACACCAACCUCCAAGAUCUCCUGAGGAGACCAGCUCUGGCCCACAGCACGAAGAGGGGACUUAGACACACUUUCCUUAUCGUGGGGGCUGUGGAGCACAGUGUCACCCUCUGUGCUGUAUAGCCGAGGGUGAGAUGACUCUCCACCUUCCCUCCCACCUGAUAAUACUGGGGCACCAUGGAGGGAACAAAACUCCCCUCUCUUUCCAUAUUUUCUCCCCACUUUCCUACAGACCAAAUGCCCCCAGCUCUUGGUUCACCGCCCUCUCCUUCCUUAGAAAUCAAAUUUGCUGUUGUCCCUUUGUUUUUCCCCUGGACAUCUAUCUCAGCCCCUGGUCCUGCUUUGUCUCCGUCUCCCUCUUGUUGAAACCUUUAGAUCCAAAGAUGAUGCUUUGCUGUA